AUGGCUUGCUGGGGAUUCUUUGGGGUUUUGAUGGGGCUUUUGGGGCUCAGCGCGGCUUGUCCUGCACCCUGUUCUUGCAAUGCCUCAAGGAUUUCGUGUAUCGAUCAAGAACCAGGGAUCGAGGAUUUCCCGGUUUUGGUACCGGAGACUGACAUGGAAAACAUCACUGAUAUAUAUAUAACGAAUCAAAACAAAUUGCUUGUAAUCACCGAGGACAAUAUGAGGUUCUACACCAAUCUCAGGAAUUUAACUGUGACCAACACGCGUCUGAUGUCUAUAUCUACUACAGCAUUUGUCAACAAUGCCAAACUUGAGUAUCUGAAUCUCAGAGACAACAAUUUAUCAACAUUGUCAUGGACAGCGUUUAGAAAUUCAAACAUGUCAUAUCUGCUGCUAUCUGGUAAUCCUCUGCAGUGUUCCUGUGAGAACUUAUGGAUAAAGCCCUGGCUGGAUGAAACAGAGUUCCAGGAGCUGCAGUGCUUUGAGGAGGAAGGGAGGCCCAGACCUAUCUCCAAAAUCUCACUCCCUGCAUGUGAACCUCCCACAGUAGAGGUCAAACCUGCUGUUGUGACCCAGAUGGCAGGAAGUGAUGCUGACGUGCUGUGUUUUGCUUCUGGAGCACCACCCCCAAUGCUCUUCUGGAACUUCAACACCAUCGAUCAUCCACCACUUGCAACAAACUAUGAGUUGAAUUCAUCUGAGCUGGAGUCCAAGUUAACCCUGAGUGGCCUCUCCCCAUUGGACAACGGCAGAGAGAUCACCUGUAAUGCUGAGAACAUUGUUGGUCAAUCUGAGGCAUCUGUCCUGCUCAGCAUUCUUUUUCCCCCGACUAUCCUGCUCCUACAGGAACCAGAGAGAAACCAGGACUGGUGCAUCCCAUUCAGUGUGACAGGGAAUCCCAGACCUGAGCUGCAGUGGUACCACGAGGGGAAACCCUUGCAGGAGCAGGACUACAUUAAGACUAAAAUCCAUCUGGCCACAGAGAGUGUAUAUGAUGGGUGUCUGCAGUUGGUCAUACCCACACACAUCCACAAUGGCCAGUACACACUCGUGGCCCGAAACCAGUUUGGCGAGGACCAGAAGAAUAUCUCUGCCCACUUCAUGCACCCCCCUGAACCGGACCAUACUGGCGCAGUCAGUAGAAUGCAUGAAACUACCUCUAAACCUGAACCCCCACCGCUGGACGAUAAAGUUGCAGUGUAUGUUGUUGUCGGUAUUGCUGGUGUUGCACUGACUGGAUGUAUCCUCAUGUUGAUCAUUCUCAAAUAUGGAAGAAGUCCUAAGUUUGGGAUGAAGGGCUCCUCAUCUGUCAUCAGCAAUGAUGAUGAUUCUGCUAGCCCCCUCCACCAUGUCUCCAAUGGCAACAACACACCAUCAUCCUCAGAGAUGGGCCCUGAUGCUGUCAUUAUCGGAAUGACAAAGAUCCCAGUCAUCGAGAACCCACAGUACUUCCGCAACCCAGGCAGCAUGCUGAAAUCGGACACUUUUGUCCAACACAUCAAGCGUCACAACAUAGUGCUGAAGAGGGAGCUGGGAGAGGGAGCGUUUGGGAAAGUCUUCCUGGCAGAGUGCUACAACCUGACGCCAGACCAGGAGAAGAUUCUUGUAGCAGUUAAGACACUGAAAGAGGCUAGCGAAAGUGGGCGGGCUGAUUUCCAUCGAGAGGCGGAGCUACUGACCAACCUGCAACAUGAACACAUUGUCACCUUCUAUGGAGUAUGUGUGGAAAGUGACCCCCUCAUCAUGGUGUUUGAAUACAUGAAACAUGGAGACCUCAACAAGUUCCUCAGGGCUCACGGGCCGGAUGCGGUACUGAUGGCAGAUGGGCAGCAGAGUCUGCUGGUAGAGCUGACCCAGUCGAAGAUGCUGCACAUUGCCCAGCAGAUCGCAGCAGGCAUGGUGUAUUUGGCCUCCCAGCACUUUGUGCACCGUGACCUGGCCACACGGAACUGCCUGGUGGGAGAAAACCUGCUUGUCAAAAUUGGUGACUUUGGGAUGUCCCGAGACGUCUACAGUACAGACUACUACAGAGUGGGCGGUCACACUAUGCUCCCCAUUCGAUGGAUGCCGCCUGAGAGCAUUAUGUAUCGGAGAUUCACCACAGAGAGCGAUGUAUGGAGCUUGGGUGUUGUACUCUGGGAGAUCUUCACCUAUGGCAAACAGCCCUGGUACCAGCUCUCCAACAAUGAGGUGAUCGAGUGUAUAACCCAGGGCCGUGUGCUGCAGCGACCACGCACCUGCCCUAAAGAGGUGUAUGACCUGAUGCUGGGCUGCUGGCAGCGUGAACCCUACAUGAGACUUAACAUCAAGGAGAUCCACAACCUGCUCCAGAGCCUGGCCAAGGCCUCGCCUGUCUAUCUGGACAUCCUGGGGUGA